GAGAGACUUCCGUAUCUACCCUCAGCCGCACAACAACGUGCAGGGAAUCCCUGCGUGCGCGACUAUCGCUGCACCAACUGACAGACGCCCUGCGCGGCAGCGGAGAGGCGUUCAAGAGCGCACGUCGGCGCCUUCGAAAAGCACUCGAACGGUUAGCGGGCUUCGGGACUGCACCCGCCUGUCUCAUCCGUGGGGCGCAAACGUCGUCAUUGGCAGUGCUGGCGGCACGCAUCGAGUUCGGGCGGGUGGGUUCAUAACAACCGGGUGCUAAUCUGUAGAGCACCUCCCCUCGCGGCCCCCUUCUCCCCGAUGCGUCGUUGACAUCGCCUCAGAACAACAACCGGCUAUCGGCGUGAGCGACUGGAGUGGGCCUCCAAAUGGAUUGCCGGCGGAUAAUUGUGACUGCGGUGCUGCUGCUAGUCCUUCCGGCUGAUAUUUCGUCGUUGGAGAAGGAUCAUGAACUUUUGAUACCGAGCGCAAUAACGGAACAGCCAGCAUAUGGAAUCGCCCAAAGUACUUCAGCGCACUCAGUCCCCUUCAGCUCCGAGAAGCUGAACGAAUCUUAUAUCGAGGUGUUUUUGAAGAAUGACUCUUCGAUUUCAAACUACUUGGAAGUAGUCAACCACGUUCCCAGGAAGCAUCCUAUUCCCACGAGAAAGAAAGUGGACAGAGACGUGUCCAAGGAAGCAGCUAUCGCAAUAAAUAUCACCGGAGUCAGCAACUCAUCACAGACGGUGGACGCGAAAGUGGGCUCACCCUCGGCCGUAAGAAACCUUUCUGUGAAUCAAACUGUGCCAGGGGAAGUCGUGUACAGCUGGCAACGACCGGAUAUUCCAAAUGGCCCACUUGAUGGAUACAUUGUUGCCACCGGUAACCUCGAGACAAAAAAAGUGCUCAUCACUGAAGUACCAGGGAAUGCAACUCAGCUUGUUCAAAAGACCAUCGAGCAGUACACGGAAUACAAAGUUGAUGUCCAGGCUUACAACAUCAUGAACCCUUACGGAUUGAAACAGGCUGGUCCCGCAGCAAGUGUGAAGUUCAAGAGCCUUGGAAAAGGGCCAAUACCUCCGAUACCAGAGGUUGGGGACACUUUCGAACACGAGGUGUUAGUAAACUGGACGAAGCCCAUCGAUCUCGGAUACGAUGUGACGCACUACAUUCUUCGGCUCACCAAAACCGCCAAGGACAUUAAAGUCAAUGACACAAGCGUCUGGCUGGAAUGCCUCGAGACAUGGCAUCCGUAUACGGCAUCGGUUUCAUCAUGUACAGCAAGUGAUACAUGUGGACCAUCAAAAAAGGUCUUCUUCGAAACGGACGUGGGAACCCCCGACACACCUAGGAAUUUCAACUACACCAGCGUGACUCGAUACAGCAUCGGACUGGCUUGGACUCGUCCUGAACAAGUUAGAGGCCCCCUUGAUGGCUAUAAGGUUACAUUCGCCAACAGUUCUAUGGGCUUCGAUGUGAUUACGAAAGCUACAAGACUGGUCGUCGGCAACUUAUCUGCAAACUGCAUCUACAGGGUAUCAGUAUCAGCCUUUAACAAUGGCGUGCACCAAACCAAGGAAGGACCGGCCACUGUGAUAGAAGUAAAGACCAUGUAUGGACCCAAGCCUGCCCCUCCAUGGUUCAGCAUCACCACAAUAACGUUGAUGAUCGUCGUCCCAGUGGUGUGUUUUGUUCUUCUGGCAGUUUACGUUGUGUACAAGCAGCUGCUGAAAAGAAGGCAAGACGAAGAAUUGCUGACUUGUUCAGAGCAGUGAACGAGAAAGACCUCCGAUAGAGACAAAGACUGACGGACUUGUUUCGUACCCAUGGAACGUCAUCGUGGGAGCGUGAAUAUGAUGUGCCUGUGUACAAAGAACUUUUGUCAGAGUUGGUUACAGCGAGUGGAAAGACUAUGAUAUCUACUGCCAUCCACUUCAAACUUUUCUGGCCUGUAUAGUCAAGCAUGUACAAGAGACCGAAAACUACAGCCUACACGACGCACAGGUGCUUUCAAAGUAGGGCAAGAAUACGUGGAAGUGAUGAUGUGUGCUGUAGAAAGAAAACGACUUUCAGUGCUGCCAGAGAUAUUUACUGCAAGAAAUAAUUUUAUAACUUCA